AAAUUCGAAAUUUUAUAGUAUUUUGUAAUAUUUUGCAUCCACGCGUUUAGCAAGGCUUCAAAUACCGACUACAGCCUCCUCUACAAAUACAGCACGUUCUUACAGAGGAAGUACAUGAAUCACAGCUGAACGGAGACCUGCAGUUGAAAUAUACAGACAGACAAAAAUGGCGUCGUCUUCGAGGCCAGCCAGCUCCCUCCUAUACUCUUGUAUAGCGCAUGGGACUACAAUACUUGCCGAACAUUCAUCUCCUGGAGCCUCCUCCACAUCAGCUUCUUCCCUUGCCUCGAUUAUUCUUCCCAAAAUCUCCCACGACAAACCCCAAAAGCUCACCUACACACACGAUCGCCUUUUUGUACACUACAUCGCAGACUCCCCAUCUGGUCGCUAUGAAGAUGGCAACAACCAGCAAGAAAUCACCUCACAUUCUUCUCUGAGCUACCUUGUCGUGGCUACUGCCGAACAAGGACGACGCAUCCCGUUUGCGUUCUUGCUGGAAAUGAAACGGAAGUUCUUGACCGCUUAUCCGCCUUCUACAACUGAAUUUUCGGCUCUACCUGCGUAUGGGUGUGCUGCAUAUAAUGCAGAACUGCGCGCGCUUCUUCAACAAUACAAUACAGCGCCACCUUCUGAUUCUCUCGCGUCCGCUCGGAAGGAAAUUGACAACGUGCGAGACAUCAUGACGGAGAAUAUCGAAAGAGUCCUUGAGCGAGGCGAGAGAAUUGAUUUAUUGGUUGACAAGACAGACCGCCUUGGCGGCAGUGCGCAUGAUUUCAGAAUGCGCUCGCGAGGGCUCCGGAGGAGGAUGUGGUGGAAGAACAUCAAGGUGAUGGUGUUGCUGGUAAUUGUGAUUGUGUUUUUGAUAUACUUGUUUGUUGGGAUGGGUUGUGGACUGCCUGCAUGGGGGAAAUGUGUCGGCGGCGGGAAUAAGAGUGAGGAAUGAGCAUAGCAUCAGUCUAACUAUCUUCACCAAUCUUCACUCGAUCCGAGACCAGGACGCGAGGGAGGUGAUUGGAUAUCCAGCUUUCCUAGUAUAUUUUGGAGUACCCUUGUAACUCACAGUUCGGUAUUUUCUCUUUUGCAACGAUUUUGAAGGACAGGAAGGGCAGUUUUUGCAUGGCGUGAUGGUGUGAACUGUUAUUCAUUUAUUUAGUGAUUUGCUUAUGGAAACAGAGAAGAACAUUG